CUCUCGCAAUCAAUCUAUAACGCAAUCUUCCGCCGAAACCACGUUUUUGUCGGAACCGUUUUCGCGGGUGCCUUCGCUUUCGAAAUGUUUGCUUCCUCCCUCCCUCCCCUUCCUCUCUCUUGUGCUAAGGUGGUGGUAGCGGUGUGGAAAGGGGCUAAUUGGGGGGGGUUGGUUAGAUUGUUCGAUCAGGCAACCGAUCGGGUUUGGGAUAACCUUAAUCGUGGGGUGAGUCUCCUGUCCUUGGGGUUGUUGAUAAAGGGGUGGGUGAGUGGGUGGGAGCUAACGGGGGGAUACUGGGGGGAGUAGAGGCAGUGGAAGGAUAUUCGGGCGAGGUAUGUACAGGAA